AUGGAGGCAGCGUCUGCGCGCAUGGCCGCCCGGGAUCGUUACGGCGCAUUCGGAGAGGCACCCAGUUCACCACUGCAGCGCUACAUACUACAAGCUUGCGAUCCGCAAAACUUUGAGCCUAAUCUGGCCCUGAACCUCGAGAUCUCCGACCUGAUCAAUAGCAAGAAAGGCUCCGCGCCCCGGGAAGCAGCUGUUACCAUCGUACACUACGUCAACCACCGCAACCAGAACGUGGCACUCCUCGCGCUCAAUCUCCUAGAUAUUUGCGUCAAGAACUGCGGCUACCCAUUCCACCUUCAGAUCAGCACAAAGGAAUUCCUCAAUGAGCUCGUCCGCCGAUUCCCCGAACGUCCACCUGUGCACUCGACGCGUGUGCAGAACAAGAUCCUCGAGCUGAUAGAAGAAUGGCGGCAGACGAUAUGUCAGACAUCGCGGUACAAGGACGACUUAGGCUUCAUAAGGGAUAUGCACAGACUGCUGAGUUACAAGGGCUACAUCUUUCCCGAAGUGCGCAAGGAAGAUGCCGCCGUAUUGAACCCUAGCGAUAAUCUCAGAUCAGCAGAAGAAAUGGCCGAAGAAGAGCGAGAGGCACAAUCCGCGAAGCUUCAGGAGUUAAUUCGUCGUGGUGGACCCGCGGAUCUGCAAGAAGCGAACAAGCUCAUGAAAGUCAUGGCCGGAUACGAUACCAGGAACAAAACGGAUUGGCGCGCAAAGGCUGCCGAAGAAGUCGGAAGAAUACAGCAAAAGGCAAAGAUACUCGAGGAGAUGUUACAGGGCUACAAGCCCGGCGAUCAGAUCAAAGAGGGCGAUGUCUUUGAGGAACUUGCCAACGCUCUCCAAAACGCGCAGCCGAAGAUCCAGAAGAUGUGCGAAGAGGACUCCGAAGACCACGAAGCCGUAGCGAAGCUCUUCGAGAUCAAUGACAGCAUACACCGGACAAUAGAGAGAUACAAGCUGUUCAAGAAAGGCGACAUCGAGGCGGCGAACAACAUUCCUCAAGGCACACUUGGUCGCAGUGGUGCUGGUGUAUCACAGGGUCCCAACAACACGUUGAAUCUAAUUGAUUUCGGCGACCCAGAGCCCGCGCCUCAAACAGCAGGAUCGUCGCAGACUUCCCAACAGCCAGCCGCGGCGGGCAAUGCUCUCGAGGACGAUUUGCUGGGCUUGUCUUUAAGCGGAGAUACAUAUGGACAAUCAGGCAGCAUAUCUUUGGGAGGCUCAAACGGCUCAGUUUUGGGCAUGUCUGGUAUGGCUGUGCCACAAUCGCAAAAGGCAUCCAACCAAGCUAUCACCGAUCUCUUCACAGCAGCGCCAAAGCCAACGCAAUCCCCAAUCACGUCUCCUCCUCAAUCUGCGUUCUCUCCUCCCCCAGUACAGCCAGCUAGGACACCUGAUCCUUUUGCGGCCCUAACUUCUACACCACGACAAGGAUCACCUUUCCAAUACCAAGGAUCUAUCAAACCACCACAGCCUGCGUCCGGUGCUGUCGACCUGUUAGGUGGCGGGGUGUCUGCACCAACGACUAAUCUCGCACAGACCAGUGCUGCGAAUGAUGACGAUGAGUGGGACUUUGCCUCAUCUGUACCUGAUACCUCUAAGGAGAUAUCUGUUACCAACACUAGCAUUAAUGUCCUCUUCAAUGUCUCGAGAGAAUCGGACACCACGCUGCUGAUUCAAUCGCGGGUAUCGAAUAACACACCACUCCCAAUCUCCGGACUGGAGUUUCUGUUGGCGGCGUCAAAGGGUGCGCAACUGCAGCUGGAGCCACAAUCUGGUGUCAAUCUUGGACCGAACCAAAAGUUUGGCAUUACUCAGAACAUCCGAGUGACCAACGUGCAAAGAGGGACCGGGAGUAGUGUCAAGAUGAGGUGGAAGGCUGCGUAUUCUCUUGGUGGACAGCAGAAGAAGGAGAUGGGGGAGAUUUCGAGUCUUGGUGUUUCAUAG